CAGCAAAGUCGCAGCUUCUGCCACAGCAGCAUCAUCAAUGACCGACACGUACCCCAUGGAGAUCCUCGAGGUGUUCCCGGACGAGGACGAGGCCACGAGCAUGGAGCACAUCUCGGCCUUCCUUGCAACAAUGUCUGACUUUGGCCCGAGCUCGCCCACGACGUCGGUCGACCCGGUGCCAUCGAGCCCGAGCUCGGACGAAGCGCCGCCCACGAUCAACACAAAGAAGCGCGCCCGGCGCGAGCGACCUAAGCAAGAGAUCGAGUACCUCCACGCCAAGCACGCUGACUUGCAGCGCCAGCUACAGCUCCUCCAGCUGCUGCGCGCGCCGCCCAAGGCUCUCCAGCCGUGGCAAGAGCGUGCGAUGCGCCAGGCCGAGGCCGCCCAGCGCACGCUGCAAGAGAACAGCCGCCUCAAGAACCUCGUCGAAGACCAGCUCAAGGUCAUUCAUACGCUCGAGCGGAUUUUGACCAAGCGGCCACGGCUCUCGACAUUUGGCGGCAGCCAUAUCGACGGAAAACAUCCCGUGCUCGGCGUCGCCAACCACGAAGUCGAUUUAGAGCAGCUCUUGCAGCAACAGUACGACAAGAUGGACUCGGAAUGGAUCCGACGUCGGCUCUACGAUGCGGCCGCCCCGCUCAAGCAAGCGACGCUCGAGCGCAGCGCCGACGGCGACACAAUUGGCCUUGGGUUUGUGGCAAAAAUGAAGAUUCCACUCGACUUCCAGUCCAUGGCCGACGUGCUUUGGUCGCACAAGACAGGCCUGCUUGGCCCCGCGUGCACGGUGUUGCACGCGUACCACCCCAAUCUCGUCUACACACAAGAGAUCACGCCCCUCCCAGACGCGACCAUGCCGAUGCUCGAGACGCGGGAUGGCGUCCGCCGCUUUGACGAAGCGAACCGCGUCGUCAUUUUGUGGCGAAGCAUCAUUGAAGACGAGGCGAAUCCGCACGGCGCGGGGCACCUCAUUGGCAGUCGCUGGGGCUGGCUUGUUGUUGAGCCAGUCAGUCGCUUCGAGUGCUGUCUCCAAGGCAGCAUGACGACGUUGACGCCAACGUUCCCAUCCCAUAUUGACGCUGUGACGCCCGCGAUCGGGACAUGGACCGAGCUCCUCUUGCAAGCAUCCCAAGAGAACAAACAGAACUUUGGCGGUAUCAUGCAAACGGCAGUGGUCGCACGUCGCCAGCAGCUCGGCUUGCCGAUGAGCCCCGACGUUUUCUGUGGACAAGACUGCCACGCGCCCGUCGAUAUCGUCUGAGUGUGUACA